AUGGUCCGCAGCCCGCGUUUUUGGUCGCGUCAGCCUUGGCAGAACCGUGAUAGCCGAGGGCUGGCAAGUACCUCCGCAGCACCGACAGCGGCAACAGGCACAGCCGCCGCGGGACAGACCACGGGUUCCGUGGGUCGCAGUGGGGAAAGGCCGCGUUUCGGCGAGAUUCAGGUUUCCCAAGCUGAAAAGACGGAACGCACCCGUCGGGGCUUGUGUUACUAUUGCCUCGAGAAGUGGAUUGUCGGGCACGUGUGCAAACAGAGACUGCUAUGCUACGCGGAGGACAAAGAGGGAGAUGAUGAGGACUCGGAUGGAUGCCCGGCUGAUGAGACUGUGCCCACGGACGUGUCGCAUGUUCACGCGAUGGACGGGGGUCGCCGAUCUCGACCGAUGAAGGUCGUGGGAGUUAUACACGAUCGCGAGGUGUGUGUCCUAAUUGACACAGGGAGCGACCAAGAUUUUCUCCACCCGAAGGUUGCUGAAUCACUGCACUUGCCACUCUCGCCUAUUCAUCCUUUCAAGGUGAUUGUGGGCAACGGGGCGGCCCUUCUUUGCACUCAUGUUUCCAGACAGACAAAAUUGGAGGUGCAGGGCUCGAUUUUCAUGGUGGAUCUCCAUAUUCUACCUAUUCACGGUCCAGAUGUGAUUCUGGGUAUGGACUGGCUGGAAUCGUUGGGGAAGGUGACCGCAGAUUUCGCAGGAAAAACAUUAGAGUUUGUUCACGGGGAGAGCCGUAUUACGCUAACGGGGGUUACGCCACCUGCCCGUAAGAUAGAUGGAGCCUCACUGGCGGCUUUGAUGUCCCCUUCGGGAGGUUUGGAAGUAUAUGAGAUUAUGCUCUUGGAACCGGAGACGACCACCACCACAUCCGAGGUCCGCGAGGAUUUUCCGGCUGAUCUUCCGCCGGCCAUAGCAGCAGUUAUGGAGACUUACAGACCGGUUUUCAGCAUGUCGUCCGGGAUGCCACCAUUAUACCCUUUUGAUCACCGCAUACAUCUGUUGCCGGGCACGAAACCGAUCAACGUAAGACCGUACCGCUAUCCCUAUUUUAAAAAAAAUGAGAUAGAGCGGCAAGUCAAAGACAUGCUUGACCAGGGGAUUAUUCAGAGAAGCAUCAGUCCGUUCUCUUCACCAGUACUACUGAUUCGUAAGAAGAUGGAUCUUUUCGCUUCUGCAUUGAUUAUCGUGCACUGA